AUGACCGUGCCAACUGCGGCCCUUAUUUGGCUGCUCGGCUGGCGACUGCCGUAUCACACGUUGGAAUUCGUCACUGCCCUUGGCCUGGCAGCACUGGCAGUGUUUGUGUCGUACUGGUCACUGUGGCACAUUCGAAGGCUUUUCCUGAACAGAUCCGUGGAGCCCCAGGGCAAGAGUAUUCUAGUCACAGAGCUGUGGGCCGUUGUGGCCAACGCCGGCGUUCCAAGUCUCGGCUACAUUGAGUGGCAGCCGAUGAGCCGGAUACAGUACGUGUUCGAAGUGAACACCUUCGGCGUGAUCCGCGUCGCAAGGGCGUUCCUUCCGCUCAUGCGCAAGACUCCCGGCAGCAGACUCGUCGUUGUCACCAGUCUUUUAGGACGAAUGUCAAUGCCGGCGUCCAUGACCUACUGCAUGUCCAAGCAUGCUUCCACAUCGCUGGCGGACUCGCUUCGCCGCCAAUACUACGACAGAGGAGUGCACGUCAGCACCGUUGAGCCAGGUGCAUACAGGACUCCCAUGGCCAACCACGACACUAUGGCGAAGACUCUGCGAAAGGACCUGAGUCUCCUGCCACCUCGGGUGCGUGACGUGAUCAGCGACCACUCCCUAGGAAGUCUGCGCAAGUCAUCGGACACUCUGUAUGCGUCGAUCAUGCGCGACGAUUUGCAAGAGGCCGUGGAUGUCAUGAAAUCGGCCGUGCGAGACCUCAUUCCCAAGGCCUACUACAGAGCUGGAGGGUUUAAGGACAUUCUCCUACGCCGGCUGUAUGAGGUGGCUCCAGCCGAAGUUACGGACGAAUUCGUACACAUGAUCCGCAAGGUUGCGCGCGCUGCGCGGCGUAAGGCAUAG